AUGAAGAGGCCACAAAACCGACCACCAGCUCUGGGGGGAGGGCUGAUCCGCAAAGGCAUAAACCUCCAGCACUCGAAGGCAACCUCUAGUGCCUUAUGCUGGAGAACAUCUAGAAGGCAUGUUGAUAUAGGGCUGAUACAAGAGCCCUGGAUCAAUGGAGGCCAAGUAAGAUGCCUACCAAACAAAGUAUAUCAGACGAUAUACUGUGAUAAGGCAGUAAGUCCAAGAGCCCUAAUAAUACUCAGAAGGGGACUAACCUGUCUUCCACUUACAGAGUUCCUGACAAGGGAUCUUGCUGCGGCACUGGUUGAGGUGCGAACUGAGAACAUCAAGAGGCAGCUGGUUAUCGCCUCAGGAUAUUUUCCAGGAGACGCCAUCAGCCCACCACCGGAGGAAGUACAACGCCUCAUCGAAUGGUGCCGCAUGGGGAAGAAACAACUGAUUCUGGGCUGCGAUGCGAACGCACACCACAAAGUAUGGGGCAGCACAGAUAUAAAUCAUAGAGGUGAGGAUUUGCUUGAUUCUCUGUUUUCUACUAACAUAGAGAUAGUAAAUGUGGGUAAUAGUCCAACCUUCAUGAAUGCGAUCAGAAGGGAAGUAAUUGACCUUACACUGGCGACACCUUUUAUUGCGGGGAUGGUCAAGAACCAUCCCCGGAGGGUCUCAGAAGAGCCAUCCAUGUCAGACCAUAUGGCAAUAGAAUUCAACGUUGAAGCAACUGCUUCAGCUGAUGUUGAGAGCAGGAUACCCAGGAAGUUAGUUAUAUAA